AUGGCAAUCCAACACUCAAGAAUUGUGCUUCUCUUCUUCCUCUAUGCAACUUUCACCAUUUUCUGCUACGUCUCCGUUAUUUCAGAAGUCAAAACCAAACCUACAAAAUUGAUCACCAAACUAAUCCACCGCAAUUCUAUUCACUCCCCAUUUCAUAACCCCCACCACGGCAUAGAAGAUAAGGCCAAAUUCAUUUUUGAAAGUUCACUUGCUCGCUUCGCUAAUCAUAAUUACAAAACUUAUUUGAUUCCUGGAACUCAUAUGUGGUUCAUAUUUCUAGUACGUUUUUACAUAGGCAACCCAACAAUCCCGCAGCUAGCCAUCAUGGACACAGCGAGUAGCCUACUAUGGGUACAAUGCUCUGCUCGACGCAGUCCAAUUCCAUUGUUAGAUCCUAUAAAAUCAUCGACAUAUGCCAACAUUGUCUGCAAAUCAAAAUUUUGCAGGCAUUUUCCUGAUAAUAGUUGUAUCAAGAAGCAUUGCACUUAUAACAUAUCGUAUGUCAAUGCUCCUACAUCACUAGGAAAUGCAGCUACUGAGCAACUCCUCUUUGAAUCAGACGGAAAUAUAGUUGUUGUUUCUCAAGUAAUAUUUGGCUGCAGCACUGUUGAGAAGACAUAUAUUGAUAAUGGUAUUAAUGGUGUUGUUGGCCUCGGACCAGAAAAUAUUUCUAUGGCCAGGCAACUAGCAAACAAAUUCUCCUACUGUAUUGGUGACUUUUAUGAUCCCAACUACAACUAUAACCGCUUAAUCUUAGGAGAUGAGGCGCGUUUAGAGGGCGAUGCAACAUCUCUAGAAAUGAGUGAAGUACAUUACUAUUUAAACCUACGAGGAAUAAGCAUAGGAGAUAACAAGCUUGAUAUUGAUAAGAAUGUGUUCAAAAGAAACUUAACAGAUCAAAGCAAGCUAACUGGAGUAAUCAUAGACUCGGGAAGUAUUGCUACUUGGCUGAUUAACGAAGCUUAUUACAAGUUUAGGAAUGAAGUGAAGAGGAUAUUGAGUGAUUCUAUCUUAGAAGACAUGGAUGAAUGUAGAUGGUGUUUGUGCUACAAAGGUGAAAUGAGUGAAGACCUAAAAGGCUUUCCAGAAGUGGUGUACCACUUUAGUGAAGAAGCUGAUCUAGAAGUAGGGUUUGAUGGCAUAUUUUAUGAAGCUACAACAUCUACAUUCUGCAUGGCUGUUUAUCCAAGUUCUCAUCUUCCUGAUAAGCAUUUCUGGGAUAUCACCGUUAUAGGCAUCAUGGCUCAACAAAACCAUAACAUAGCUUAUGAUUUGCAAGAGAAGAAAUUAUACUUUGAGAGUAUUGAUUGUGAAGUUUAUGAAGGUUAG